GUUAGCGGGAAGCCUUAACCAAUCAUCGUCUGUAGUUCGAGGGAACUGUAUUUGACCAAGCUAUUUAUUGUAUCCUCCCCAGUUCUUGGUGCGUGUCUGUCUCACCGACAAGUGUGUGGCGCAGCACGAGCAGAAAUAGUCGGCAGGAUGUCCAAAGAGGGCCAACCACGUGAGCCAGAACAGCUGCGGAAGCUCUUCAUUGGAGGGCUCAGCUUUGAAACCACAGACGAUAGUUUGCGGGAGCAUUUUGAACAAUGGGGCGCCUUAACGGAUUGUGUGGUGAUGAAAGACCCAAACACCAAACGCUCCAGGGGCUUUGGGUUCGUCACCUACUCCAACGUGACUGAAGUUGAUGCCGCUAUGGAUGCACGGCCCCACAAGGUUGACGGUAGGCUCGUUGAACCCAAAAGAGCCGUGUCCCGAGAGGAUUCCAACAAGCCAUUUGCUCACACAACUGUGAAGAAGAUAUUUGUGGGUGGCAUUAAAGAUGACACCGAGGAGAACCAUCUUCGUGAUUACUUCAAACAUUUUGGCAAAAUUGAGGCCAUUGAGAUAAUGGUUGACCACAAGACCGGAAACAAAAGGGGCUUUGCUUUUGUUACGUUUGAUGACCAUGACUCCGUUGAUCGCAUCGUCAUUCAAAAAUACCACACUGUGAAUGGGCACAACUGUGAAGUAAGAAAAGCUCUGUCUAAACAAGAGAUGCAAAACACUAGCAUGAACAUGAGAGGCCGUGGAGGAGGAGGAGGAGGAGGUGGAAACUUCAACAGAUAUGGCAACAAUGGCGGCUACAACAAUGACUUUGGUGGCGGCGGUGGCAACCGCGACGGUUAUUUUGGAAGAGGUUUGUGCCUAAGCGGCAGCGGCGGUUAUGGAGGUGACAACUACAACAAUGGAUUUGGUGGUGGUGGAGGAGAUGGUAAUUAUGGUGGCAGCCCUGGUAACUAUGGUGGAAACCGUGGAUAUGGAGGAGGUGGCGGUGGAGGAGGUCAUGGUUAUGGCAACCAGGGUGGUGGUUAUGGUGGUGGUGGCGGCAACAGCAGCGGGGGCGGCUAUAAUGACAAUUACAACAACGGCAAUGGAAACUUUGGAGGUGGCAACUUUGGAGGUGGUGGUGGCGGCGGCGGAGGUGGUAACUACAAUGACUUUGGCAACUAUAGCAACCAGCAGUCCAGCUAUGGUCCCAUGAAAGGGAACUUUGGAGGUGGCGGAGGCGGCGGAAGAAACAGUGGCCCGUAUGGUGGUGGCUAUGGCAGUGGAUCUGGUGGUGGAUAUGGAAGCAGCUCUGGUGGUAGACGGUUUUAAGCUCAAAGGACUGAGUGCUUUAGGAGAGGAGAGCAAGAGAAGUGACAGGGCAGAUGCAGGUUUACAUCCCUAGAUCUGCUCAGCAAAACAGGCCUGGCAGAUUAACAGCUGCCACCAGAAGAAGUGUACAGUAGUGCUAUCAUGUGUGGGACGUCAUGAUUUUGUCAUCAUGCAGACUUAUUUUAUAUUGUCUAUGGGGAAAAAGCACUCCAAUGAGGUUUUAUGUAGAACUACUUUCAGUCUUUAUGGUUUUGAUUAUGUAACCAAUCAAGGUGAAAUAAAACAUCCUUUCUGUUUUUUUUAAAAAA